UCUGCAGGGCGUACUAAACCCGGGGCUGCGUUUGCAAGAUGGCUGCGUCCAUGGCAGGAUGGUUGAAACCUUGGACGCCCAGAGUGUUCCUGGUAAGAUGGAGCAGAUACAACCCCUACUAUCUGGAGCCAGAGGUGAAGAAGGAGGCAUACAGCCUACCAGAGACAGAACUGACUGCUGAAGAGAAGGAGCACCGCAAGCUCAAAGAACUCCGACCCAUCAAAGCAGCUCCCAGCGGAGUCACAAGCUCUGUUUUUGACGACCCAGUGGUCAGCAAAUUCAUCAACAUGAUGAUGGAAAAUGGAGACAAGAUUUUAGCAAGACAGAUCAUGACACAGACGCUGGAGAACAUAAAGAGGAAACAGGUGGAGAAAUAUCACAAAGCUUCAUCUGGGAAGAAGGAAGAGAUCGAGUGUAAUCCCUACACAAUCCUUCAACAGGCUCUGGAGAACUGCAAGCCUGUUGUUGGGCUGGCCAGCAUCCAGAAAGGUGGAAAGUUCUAUCAGGUGCCCAUCCCACUUACAGACAACCGGCGGCGCUUCCUCGCCAUGAAAUGGAUGAUCACAGAGUGCAGGGAUAACAAACACAGACGUACGCUCAUGUAUGAAAAACUCUCCCAGGAGCUGCUGGCUGCCUUUGAAAAGGAGGGAAAUGUCAUCAAGAAGAAGCACGAGCUGCACAAGAUGGCUGAAGCCAACAGAGCCUACGCCCACUACCGCUGGUGGUAGACGCAGGCCUCUCAGGACUUACAUGUGUCUGCAGAUGAAUGGGUACGCUGGGCAAGAAGAGGGCUCAAAGAGCUGUUGUAAAUAUGAAACUCUGUGAAAGGACUGUAUGAUGAGUAAAAUAUGAGACCAGAGUGUGGCUUUUGUCUUUUUGUAUUAUGCACAAAUGUAACAACUGUGCUAACUUGUAUUUGCUAUUAACACAAGUUCAAUAAACUCAGUUAAGGACAAA